GUCGCUUUUUUCGUUAUUUUUAACAUUUCAAAUAUUAUAUAGAAUGUGAUUGGUUAAUUGUGUUGUGUUAGUUUAGUGUAUGUUGAUGUGAAAUGUAGAUUUUAUUGUUAGUUGUGUAAAGUACCUAUUUAGUGUAAAUUAUGCUUAAAUCUAGGAUGAGUCAAAUCCUGGUGCUGAUGUCCUGCCUAGUGGCGUGUGUGCUGGGCCACGGCCGAGUUCUCCAGCCCCCCUCCAGGGCUUCGGCCUGGAGGUUUGGCUUCCCCACCGCCCCCAACUAUGACGACGACGGCUUAAACUGCGGAGGGUUCGCAAAUCAGUGGUCCGGGAACGGGGGCAGAUGCGGUAUCUGUGGUGAUCCUUACGAAGCGCCAAUCCCCCGUCCCCACGAACUUGGCGGGAAGUAUGGAGACGGCGUGAUCGUCGCUAGUUACCUGCCCGGGUCCCUGUUCACCGCCACCGUGGAGCUCACAGCCUACCACAGGGGCUUCUGGGAAUUCAAACUCUGCCCCGACCCUGGCAUUGACGACCAAGAAUGCUUUGACAGUUUCGUAUUAGAAUUAGAAGACGGGGGCACCAAAUUUUAUCCAAAUCGAGGAAGCUCAAAAUAUAGCGUCAAUUACAGAUUACCCCCCGGAUUGAGCUGUGAUCAUUGCGUCUUACAAUGGAGGUAUACAGCUGGGAAUAAUUGGGGAAUAUGCGCGAAUGGAACUCAGGGUUUGGGGUGCGGAAACCAAGAGCAAUUCGGCGCGUGUUCAGAUAUUUCCAUCGUCAGUUCUAGAAGCUUCGAAGACAAUGUGCUGAGAGAGGAUUAUCAGGAUGUCCCGUAUCCGUUGAUGAGUUUCUUGAAAAAUGGGUACUUUGAUGCUAAGCAAGGCGUCCUGCAACUUCUGAGAGGACUGUACGAGUAUCCGCGGCAAAAGUCAGAGGCGAAAACUAGACAUGUCAAAGCUAAGCGAAGGAAAAAGAAGAAUAAGAAGAAAACCAAGCCACAUAAAUGGAAAAAGAUGCUGUAUUCAAAGUUCUGAUCAGACGAAGUUCAAAAUACCAAAGAAGAGAAAGCGUGUUUCCGAUAGAUGACAGUCUUCGUACAUUAAGACUUCAGAGAUCUGAUUAGAUAACUUAUUAUUCAGACGUUCAUGAAAUUCAGUAAGAACAUUUGACGAGUGGCAACACUCAAGAAAACGCUUCAUAGCAUAAAACUCUUUACACGACUGCGCAUGAAAGGUGUACAAUUUAUAGGGUGCAGUGUUGUUUGCAUGUGUAAGUUUAUUUACUACGACAUACAAUCAAAACCUUGGACAAAAUAACCUAAAACAGCAACCUUAUUUUAAAAAUAAUGGAAAACAAAUCACAAAAUAAAACAAUUAUUUCUAA